CGGCGUUGCGCCAUGUCAUGCCAGCCACAAACAAAGCGUCCAAUAAUCGGCCGGCUAACAAGUGUACUACGUUGCAGCUAAUAACUGGGUGUGUGUUCCUGCAGUACACGUUCGUGCGCGUGUGACACAGAGCGCAUUAGAGCUCAGAACUGAGAUAUACAGAUGGAGGCGAGGAGGAGCAGCGCAGCGCUGGUGGGCGUGGCCGUGGUCGCGCUGCUGGUGGUGCUCGUGCCCGAGACGUCCCGCGCGGAGCGGUUCGUCGUCGGCGACGCGGCGCGGUGGACGUGGGGGUACAACUACACGGACUGGGUCAUCAAGAAGGGACCCUUCUUCCAGAACGACACCCUGGUGUUCAUGUACGACCCGCCGAACGCGACGGUGCACGCGCACAGCGUCUACCUGAUGCGCAACGCCGCGGACUACCAGUCGUGCAACCUCAAGGCGGCCAAGCUGGUGGCCAACGUCAUGCAGGGCGCGGGCUCAGGGUUCGAGUUCGUGCUCAAGAAGCGCAAGCAGCACUACUUCGUGUGCGGCGAGCGCGGCGGCAUCCACUGCACCAUGGGGAACAUGAAGUUCGUCGUCAAGCCCAAGAGCUCCGCCUGCCGCGACGACUGACCUCGUCGUCGCCGGCGUUUUCAUCGACCCAUCGACGCCGAUGUGUGUGUGGUCUUUCGCCUUCCUUCUCUGCAUGCCACCUUCUGAUUCCUCCUGUUCAAUUGUUGCGCGUGCUUGUAAGUUAUUGUUAAUUGGUGGAUUUACACAGCGUUGACGUAUAUUCGUGCUGUCUGAUACAGUGGUAUUUAUGGACCAAAGGUUGGUUGAAUAAACUAGUCAGUGUCUUUA